ACAACCAUGCCGGUGAAAUACAACCCUGCUCGUACACAGAGUUUUUCACCACAGCAUGGCGGCACAGGCAGCUGUCGCACGCACACACAUACUCAAUCGUGAACGUUUGCGCAAAGAAAAAACAGCGAAAAUUUACGGCGUCUGUAAAAUACGCGAAAAAUCCUUAAAUUUUUUGAAAAUAAAUAUAAAAAUACACUAAAGAUGUCGAUUGGUGUACCUAUUAAAGUUCUGCACGAGGCCGAAGGCCACAUAAUCACUUGCGAGACAAUCACCGGCGAAGUCUACCGCGGCAAGCUCAUCGAGGCGGAGGACAACAUGAAUUGCCAAAUGACACAAAUUACGGUAACAUACCGGGAUGGACGCACGGCCAAUCUGGAGAAUGUUUAUAUACGCGGCUCGAAGAUACGUUUCCUAAUACUGCCCGACAUGUUAAAGAAUGCGCCGAUGUUUAAAAAGCAGACCGGCAAAGGUCUUGGUGGGACAGCCGGUCGCGGAAAAGCGGCAAUACUUCGAGCACAGGCUCGCGGUCGAGGCAGAGGAACUGGUCCUGCUGGCGGCGGUCGAGGCGGUGGUGGACCACCAGGUGCACCCGGUGGCGGCGGACGCGGCGCCUGGCAAGGCGGUCCUACAGGCGGACGUGGACGCGGCGGCUUGUAAGAGGCAAGAACGGGAGCACAUUCUACUAUAUAAUUUAAGGGAAAUUAAUCUUAGCGGGCGGGUCGCAAAACUAACAUGUUGGAAAUCUUAUUAUUUGUCAAGAAAACCAGACGGAGAAUAUGAAAAUUGAAUUUCAAAAUGUGACCACUCGUCUUUAUUUUGUUGCCUAGAGAAGAAGAAGGAAACCAACACCAAUUAUGUGGACAAACAAAUAUAUAGAUAAGAUAUUAUAUAUGUAUAAGUCGUCGCUUUUCGAAUAUUAUACAAAGAGAGCAAUUCCAUGACAGUAUUACAAUCUGUAUAGCUUGACUGUCGACGGAUAGCUCUCUUCAUUUCGCUAUUCGCAAGUUUGGUUAGCUUGAUAAAGCCAAAGGACAAAGGACAUUUUCAGACAGAAAACAGGUUAUAUGGUGUUAGAUUCGGUUAGUUUGGGCAACGUCGAAUAUCAUACAAAGAGAGCAAUUCCAUGACAGUAUUACAUUUGUUACUGGACUGUCGACGGACAGCUCUCUUUAUUCACUUAUUCGCUUUUCGGUAAGAUUUGGUGGUUAUUCAACAUUUAGUUCAGCGGGGACAGCACACAAACAUUGAGGAAGAAGUAAGAAUGUUGGAGCCGGAAAUAACCGACUGCACAAUACCCUGUUUACAGUUGAACAGCCGGAUAAGUCAGGCGAGAAUUUGCUAGUGGGCCGACUAAUACAUUAACUACAAAGCUUCUAGCUUCAAAACUAUGUACGGACAGACGAUCAGCAAGGCGUUCAGAAAAUCAAUAUACUCUCCUUUACGUAGGGUACAGAACACACAAAUAUAAUAUACUCAAGCUUUUGUUGGGCCGGCACAGACAGAAAUAUGUGAAUAUAUCUGUAUAUUGAUGCCAAUUAAACAACAAACUGCGCACUUGGCAAAGCGUUUCAAAUUGAGAGCGUUUCGUAGGCGUUCGCUCCGAGUAUAGAAACCCCUGGCAGGAGAAGAGGGGGGCGCAGUGUGGCAGCGCGAGCCAUGUUAAUUUAAUGAGUGCAAUUCAACCCCCACCCCUUCCCCCAGAAUUUCAAUCGACGGCACGUGCAUGCGCGCAAGUGCAGUUAAAUGACUUUCAAUUAAGCAGGAAA